AUGGCAGUUGGUAAAAAUAAAAGAUUAUCUAAAGGUAAAAAAGGUUUAAAAAAGAAGGUCGUUGAUCCAUUUACCAGAAAAGAUUGGUUUGAUAUCAAAGCUCCAACUACUUUUGAAAAUAGAAAUGUUGGUAAAACUUUAAUUAAUAGAUCAACAGGUUUAAAAAAUGCUGCAGAUGGUUUAAAAGGUAGAGUUGUUGAAGUUUGUUUAGCUGAUUUACAAGGUUCAGAAGAUCAUGCUUAUAGAAAAAUUAAAUUAAGAGUCGAUGAAGUUCAAGGUAAAAAUUUAUUAACCAAUUUCCAUGGUUUAGAUUUCACAUCAGAUAAAUUAAGAUCAUUAGUUAGAAAAUGGCAAUCAUUAGUUGAAGCUAAUGUUACUGUUAAAACUGCUGAUGACUAUGUUUUAAGAGUUUUUGCUAUUGCUUUCACUAAAAGACAACAAAAUCAAAUUAAAAAAACUACAUAUGCUCAAUCAUCAAAAUUAAGAGAAGUUAGAAAAAAAAUGAUUGAAAUUAUGCAAAGAGAAGUUUCAAACUGUACUUUAGCUCAAUUAACUUCAAAAUUAAUUCCAGAAGUUAUUGGUAGAGAAAUUGAAAAAUCAACUCAAACUAUUUUCCCAUUACAAAAUGUUCAUAUUAGAAAAGUUAAAUUAUUAAAACAACCAAAAUUUGAUUUAGGUGCUUUAUUAUCUUUACACGGUGAAGGUUCAUCAGAAGAAAAAGGUAAAAAAGUUUCAUCUGGUUUCAAAGAUGUUAUUUUAGAAUCAGUAUAA